GAUUAGCAGAAUAAUGAACAACAAAAUCCACCCACCACGAGUUUAAACAAGAAGAACAUAUUGACGAUGGUUAAUUUCAUAGUUUAAGUAUGAUUUAUUUUUUAUUCCUUGUAUCUUAAGCACAUAAAUAUUUUUACCAAUGGAUGGACGGUGCGUUUAUUUAUGUUUAUCGGUUUUCAUCAUAAGCUUCUUGUCUGUAACAGAUGGAGAAAAAAAAAUACUACUCAUCAGAGAUUCUUUGAAUAUUAAACCAUAUGAUAAUCGCCUUGGGCCAAAACAACUUCAUAUGAUUGUUGCAAAAGCAUUGACAGCGAGGUAUAAGGAUCGGAAGAUGCUCGAGGUUUCCAAAUCUCGUUAUAAUUUUCACGUAGCGUGGAGAGGAAUAAAAAAUUUUUUUUGGAAAAAAGUUUUGGGAGUAUUUUGUCCGUCAAUAGUUAGAGAAUUGAAGGCUGUACAAGUAUUAAAAGAUUUAUUGAUACACCCUGGUAAUAAUAGUCUGAAAGAUAAACUUGGUUUUAAACUUCCGUUUAAAAAAUCGCAAAAAAAAAUUAAAGAAGAAUCUAGUGAAGAAGAAAACGAUGAAGAAAGCAAAAGCAAUGAAGAAAGCGAUGAAAAAAGAGGCAAAGACAGUGAUGAAGAAAGUGAUGAAGAAAGUGAUGAAAAACGAAACAGUAAAUCUAAGAAGGGCAAAAAGAGGAAAACUGAAAAUGAUAGUGAAGAGGACGAUGAUGAUAGUGACAGCGACGAAGAUAUAAAAAAAAAGAAAGCUAAUAAAAGUUUAGAUGAUUUGUUUAAGUAAUUAUUAGUAAAAUAAAAAUAUAACUUAAGGUAUAACAGUACUGCAAAGAAUAAAAACAAUUGUAAGCUUAUUAUAAAUU